AUGGCCACGGCUCCGGGCGGCACGAGGAGGAAGCUGUUUCGGUCCCCGGUGCCUCAGUCGCCCACAGUGCGGCGCAUUGGCGAUAAUACAAUUACAACCUCAGUCCCGCUGAGGGAAUCCGCCGACGAUGAACUCACAACAGCGACGACGCCGGGGUGGAGACGGAGCCGCCCUCGAUUAUUAAAUGGAACACCCAUGCCGACUGCGGGGGUGAAGAGGAGGGCAGCAUCACCGAUUAGUCGAACCUCAUCACGCCGCCAACGCACCGAGGAAUUCACAGAAGGAAAUGCUACGGAGCUACACUUUGAGGAGAAGGAGAAUAUCGAAUCCAGCACACGAAAGCCCAGACGAGGGCGCCCGCCCAAGAACCCGGAGAAUGUCCCAUCCACCACACCAAAGGCGUCUCCAAGACGAGGGCGUCCGCCCAAGAAUCCAGUUGUCGAACCAUCCAGCGAGCUUGGAGCUACGAAAAGAGGGCGGAGAAGGCGAGCAAUGGCGCCCGAUGAAUUGGUCGAAAUAGCUGCGGAAGCGGAAGCAGCGGCGGAGAGGAGCUUUGCACAGAAUAGCGGCCGGACAAUUGAAGCAAGCAGAGCAAAUUCCGUACAAGCUCACUCACGGCAGCAGGCCGAUGGCGACGCGGUCUCCAAUGCCGACGCGGCAUCCGACGUAUGGAUGAGAACGAUAGUCGAUGAAACGACGCCUAGACCCACGGCACGACCUUCGGCGACACAGUCGCCUUCAAAGGGCAGAUCAACAGGCGGUAGUGCGAGAAGGAGAAAGACCGAUCAUAGCUAUCAUGCUCCAGAAACUAGCGAUCACUCUUCCGUGGAUGACCACCCUAAUGACUUUAGCUCCCAGUACGGCGAUACCAUUGCACGGGGCGAAGACUUUAGUAUGAUUUUCAUGGAUUCUAUUCCAUCAUUCCGGGGGAACCUCAGCGCCAACGGCACCUUCAUUUCCACUUUAGACGAAGACGAUGAGGUUGGCGAGGAGACACAUCUUAUCAUUAACAACACUCUAGCGUCCCUCAGGCGAGAAGUUGCGCAGAGCAGCGACCCAGUAGAGGAUGCCACGGAAACAAUCGCGAUCCCCGACAUUCCCGAGACUGAAGAACCAGCAGAAGAGGUAUUCGUUCCAAUUAUACGCGAUGCUGCCAGAAGUGUGCGCCUAAGCUUGAGUCCGUGGUGGUCCCGGAAACCUAAGAAGAUGGGACAAUCACCGCUUAAACACCAGGCCUUAAUGAGAUCGGCCGCAAAACGAUCGGGGAGAAUAUUCAGCGUAGAGCACACGGAAGAGCCGACACCGACUAAGGCUGGGAAACAGACGGUGUCCACGUACUCUCGCGAACAGCAUCCGAGUAGCGAUUCCUUCUCCGAGAUUCCUCAGACUUACCUCGAUGCUCCGACUCCUAAGCCGAUCAAUUUUUCUGCCCCUCAAGCUGACCGAGAGGUUGAUUUGAUGAAAUUUGGGCUGGGGGGAGGGGAUGAGGAGCAGGCCGAGCUGGAACAUGCUCAAGAUAUUGACGAACCCCAUGAAGAAUCCCAUGAAGAAACCCCUGAAGAACCCCUUGAAGAACCCCAAGAAGUACUUCAAGAGGAGCCUCAAGGAGAACAGGAGGAGGACCUGGAAGAAGAGCUGGAAGAAGAGCUGGAAGAGGAGCUGGAAGAGGAACCGGCAGAAGAAAUAGAGGAAGAAUUGGAGGAAGAACCAUUAGAGGAGCAGGAUGAAGGGCCACCGGAAGAAAAUGCCACUAGAGGCAGCGUGCUGGGUGGUAUGAUAGGAUAUCUUAGAAGAAGACUAUCAACCUUUGAGAUGAGCUCCCCCGUGCGUCAUGUCAUCGAACAGGAGCAUAUAAUCGAGGAAGAGGGCGAAGAGGAAGGCGAAGAGGAAGGCGAAGAGGAAGGGGGAGAGGAAGGAGGAGAACAGGAACAGGAAGACAACCCAUACGACGAGCACGACGAGCAUGACGAGCACGAGACAUACGAAGAGCAAGAGGAUCAGGAUGAACAACAGCACGAACAACAUUACGAAGAGCAGCACGAAGACCAGUACGAAGAGCCUGGGCAUGAAGAGGACUUUGAGCAAGAGCAGAGGCUCGAUUCUGACCUGCCAGAGUUAGAGGGAGAAGGAAAUUCUGAAGUAGGAGAACACGAAAACGAGGAGCCGGAAAUAGUCGAAGAGUACGAGGAACAAGCAGAACUGGAGGACCUUGAAGAGCACCACAAGGACCUCGAGGCCCAUUCGCCAGAAGAGGAGAUGGGAGAAUACGUCGAGCAAGAAGAGAAUAUGGAAGAAUACCCAGCGCAUGAGGAGCACGAAGACCAACAGCAUGAUGACCACGAACUUGAAUUCAAUGAAGAUGACGAAUAUCAAGAGAAAAAUCCCACGAAAUUUCAGAUCGACGAGUUUUCGGCCCGUAUGAGAGCAGGCAAUUAUACAUACGAGCAGCCAGCUCACGAUGACAUUCAUGUUGACGAAGAAAUGCGUUCUGCUUCUCCAGAGCAACCACCUGAACAGCUAGAGCCUACACCAGAGCGGGAAGAGCAGCCAGCAAAGGUUACGCCGCUCCAUCAGAUGUCGUCGCCGCUCCAGGAGCCUCAAUCUCUACCGCACGAACCGGUACCGGAAAAGGUAGUACGAUCUAACUUUUCUUCAAUUAUGCGAGCUGGCCGAGUUUUACAGAGCGUUACUUCAGACCCUCCCUCCCCAAGAGUCCGAGAGAUGUCCCUAGGAAGUCCAUUCAGAAGUUCUGCAAAUAAAGAGCCGUCAUACGCCUCUAAAGAAGACAGGCACCAACUUCUAAACAAAAGUCCGCCACAGCCGAUGAAUUUUGGCAGCAGCCAGGUGACUGUUGUCAAGGCUCCUUUGACACAUGAGUCUACUGCUGAGACUCAGGCUUUCAGUAUGAACGCAGGUGGGGCGGACACUGCCUACGGCCACGGUACAAGAGAUUUUGCGCAUAAGAAACGACUGUUAUCAAGAGAGUCGAUAGCAAAUUCUUUGGGCAAUACCCCGUCGAGCAAUGGUGCCGCUCACUGGGCGGAAAACGAGGGCCCAUCAAGUCCCAGUGAGAGGAGAGAGAAGUCGUUAUUACAAGCAGCGCGUUCAUCCGUUAUGAGACCUACCAAACCCAUUGUUCAGCUUGACGGUGCAGGAGAUGAGCUGGAUAUGGCCGAGGAAGAGCAGAUUGAAGACGCACCAGUGGAAGAGGAGCAAGUGGAAGAAGAAAUGGAAGAAGAAAUGGAAGAAGAAAUGGAGGAGGAGCAUAUGGAUGAACGAGAAUUGAACGAAGAGCACGUGGGGGAAGAAGAAAUUGAAGAGUGGCAUCAGGACAAAGAAGUGGAAGAGGAGCACGUGGACGAACAAGAAGUAGACGAAGAGCGAGUGGAGGAAGAAGAAGUGGAAGAGGAGCUCCCGGACAAAGAAAUGGAAAGGCAACAGAAUGAAAUUGUACAGCCUGAAGGAGAACAGAAGGAAGAGGAGGACGAGGACGAGGAGGAGGAGGACGACGACGACAUCGAUAUUUGGGAGUACGCAGCUCAGCGGGAGGUUCCACCUCGUCCAGAACUACCUUAUGAAACGCUGCAGUCCACGACAGUGCCUUCGACACAAGCUCAAAACCCGGUGCCAGUUCCUUCAACAGCUUGGAGAGAUACACGACAAGCGACCACCAAAUUUCCUACUGAUGCGUCAAAGACAGCUCAAUUAAAACGGACAAUCAAUCGGCAGUCUAACAGGGAUAUUAGAGACGAAGAGCCUUCUCUAAUCUUACGGAGCCGCCGACAAGACAAGGAGCCAGAACCUGCAACUAAACCCAAGCGAUUCGACCUGUCAUCCUUUUUCUCCUCACCAGCCGCCAUCACAGGAAUAUUGGCUGAGAAAUUCAGGUCGCCCAAAUCCAAAGGUCUUGUGAAGCCAGCUGCUCAACAAAUGGAGUCUACCAAGCCUAGACAGGAGCCUCCAGCGAUGCCCACUGUGUCAUUGUUUCCGAGAGCUCCUCCGAAUGAUAAUAUCCAGCCAGAUCUUCGUCGUGCAGAUCCUGUAUCUUCGCCAAUGCAAUCUGACCCAAUAGAGGAUGAUGACCGAACGAACGAACGCUCAUCAUCUCCAGGCUCUCCUGAAAGAUCUCAUCUUACUACCAUUUCUCAGAAGCAGAAUUUUAUGCCGCGGCCAAGGCAGGCCAGUAACCCACUCUUCCAGCACUCUUUGUCGCGUCCCACGGCGACACCACCGAGAACGCAGUUGACUCAUCACGAUAUUCAGAAGUGGCAGCAAGAAACGUCAAAUGCCAGUGAAGAUUCCUCAAACUCUCAAUUUUUACUGAGGCCACUGCCACCAAAACAUGCCUCACCAAAGAAAUCAAGUCUAAGAUCUCCUCUUAAGCCACAUACACCAGGGCGAGUUGUUGAGUUCACUAGCAACGUGCUAUCACCUGCAGAGCAAGCUCGUCUUCGCGAGCUCCGCAACCGAGCAAACGAAGAAAUACCAGAGGAGGACAUCAACGUCGUAGAUCCGCGGGCAGGCAAGGGAAGCAUGGCCAGUAGGCAACAGCAAAAACAGCCGCCAAAUACCAUUCCAUCAAGGCUUAUUAGGCCUGCGGGCGUAACAAAGAAACGACCGACAAAGAAGCGGCGGAGACGGGAACCGCCCUCUGAGACGGUCUGGACCCGUCAGCAUUGGCUAUUCCUCGACACACUCCUACAAAUGCGACGAAAGAGCCCAUAUAGCGAAAAAUACGCUCCUGUUUCUCAAAAGUACCUCGGAAAAACGAUUACUAGCAUGGGCGAAUCCAUGGUACUAGAGAAAUGGCACCUCGAAUGUAUUGACGCCUUUAAAUCCCAGAUUGGUGGCUGGGAUGAAGGCGAACUCGCUAAAAGAUUAUUUGCACUUAUUCUCGGAGAGGCGAAACGCCGUCGAAGCUCUGUCAAUCGGUCCCCCGGAGUUAUCUUCCACUGA